CGUCUGGGUCACUGGCACAUGUUCUGACAGCGUGCAGUGAUUCAGGUGGUUUUACUCUGCGGCUGAGAAAACUGUUGACUGAAUAAAACCCACAAUUCAGUGUAAAGAUGUCCUCUGAAGAUGGCACAAUUAGUUUCCCUGAGCUUAUAAAGCUGAAAAGAAAUGGUGGACAAUUCAGUCCGGCAGAAAUACACACUUUUGUGCAAGGAAUCACAACCGGAGCCAUCCAGAAAAGUCAAAUCGGCGCAAUGCUAAUGGCAAUAUGGCAGAAGGGCAUGACUGAUAAAGAGACCCUGGCAUUGACACGAGAGAUGAUGAACUCUGGAGACACAUUUAAAUGGCCGAAUGAAUGGCUUGUUUUGGACAAACACUCAACCGGAGGGGUUGGAGACAAAGUCAGCCUUCCUCUCGCUCCAGCUCUGGCUGCAUGUGGCUGUAAGGUGCCCAUGAUAAGCGGGAGAGGACUGGCACAUACAGGUGGCACACUGGACAAACUGGAGUCUAUCCCUGGGUUUAACGUCAACCAGUCGGUUCAACAGGUCAAGCAGAUCCUAGAAGAUGUAGGCUGUUGCAUUGUGGGACAGACAGAGAGUCUUGUGCCAGCAGAUCGUGUUCUCUACGCCAUCAGAGACGCCACUUCCACUGUUGAUAGCCUUCCUCUGAUCACAAGCUCCAUCAUUUCCAAGAAAGGAGCUGAAGGUCUGAGUGCUCUUGUGUUAGAUGUGAAGUUUGGCAGAGCUGCUCUGUAUAAAGAUCUGGACAGUGCUCGCAGUCUCGCUCAGUCAUUGGUCACUGUUGGAAACAAGCUAGGUGUAAAAACAGGGGCCGUGCUGAGCCGAAUGGACGCUCCCAUUGGCCAGACUGUGGGAAAUGCAGUUGAGGUGUGUGAAGCGCUUGAGUGCCUCAAAGGAAGAGGCCCAGACGAUCUCAGGGAACUGGUCAUCUAUUUAGGUGGGCAUCUAUUGUGGAUGUGUGGCCACUCCUCAACCCUGGAGAGUGGGAAACAUGAAAUCGCUGUAAAACUGAAGAACGGAGAAGCCCUGAAAAAGUUCCAGGGGAUGCUGGAGGCUCAGGGAGUGAAUGGAGAUGUGGCCCAUUCCCUGUGCUCAGAUGAGAGCUGCUACUUUGAGUAUAUGAAGCGUGCAGCGAAUCAGACAGAGCUUAAGGUGCCGAAGGAUGGAGCUGUUUUGGACAUUGACGGUCUGGCUCUGGCUGAAGUGCUGCAUAAACUAGGAGCAGGACGCACUAAAUCGGGAGAGAAAAUCGAUCAUAGUGUUGGAGCAGAGAUGCUGGUUGAGAUGGGACAGCUGGUGCAGAAAGGUCAAUCGUGGAUCAGGAUUCAUCACAACAGCCCAGAUCUAAGCGCACAGCAGUGUUCUGACCUGCAGAAAGCUUUAGUCAUUGGCAGCUGCAUCCAAUACCAAGCUGCAUUUCGCAUAGUGGAAUUCAUCCACCCAAAUCACCACAUGUCCUAACACAACCUCAUUCAAGACUGUUGUUUGUGAAAAACAUUUCAGUUCCAGUGUACUGUUACCAAGAAAAUGCAGUGUUUACAUGACUUUGAUGAGUAACGAUGACCUUUGAGCUCACAUCUGGAAAAUCGGUAAACAUAUUUGCUUACCAGUAGCUGCAAUAUUAUUGUAGCCUAGCUCUGCUUAAUCCUAUCCUGGAGCUGUAAAGACGAACAGAUCUAAUCCAAAUCACCCAAACUAGAUGAUCAAGGCCUUCAGGUUGAAUGUGUAAAUUGCAUCCAGGUGUGUUUGUUUGGACAGGAGCAGGAAGGUGGAUCUGCUAGUUUAUGUUCACACAGAUGUAUAAAACACAAACCUUACAAGCAGCUUAAUCCAUUUGUCUGCUCUUGUUUAGUUUGUGUAGCGUCUAUGAUAAUGACCUAGGAUAUUUAUAAGCUUUCAAAGAAAAUAGAAAAAGUUUAAAUCAUACUGUGUGAUUUUUGUUUGGACUUUUUAUCUUUAUGGUGUAUUAUAUAGGGGUUUCUUUUUUUAUGGGUAUAUUAAAGUCUUUUUUUCAGGUUUUAAUCAAAUCUACUAAUUAGAAUGAUGAUUUUAUUGCUGAAAACUGAUUAAUAUUUAAAUAUUAUCAAACGAGGUUGGAGGGUAGAGGGAUCUUUGCUGCCCCAUAGUGGCUUAAACAAUCUUUAACAUGGUAGUGUUAAUUAAACUCUAAUGUAAUUCAAGUAGUCCAAUUUUUGUCAUAAUUUACAAAAUCUAUAUAAUAAUAACAGCAAUAAGAUUAUUUUUUCAUUGUGAAAUUAUUUUCAUAAUUAAUUAUUCAUACUUCUGAAAGUGAACAGGUAUUUAUAUAAGCAUUUUAUAAUCAUCUGUAUAAAAUAUAUUUUAUAUUUACACACAUUAUAAUAUUAGCAAUAUAUAACUAUACUAUUUUAUCCAUAUUAAAAAGAUGUGUACUUGUAAAAUAAUAACACCAUUGUAAAAUCUUGGCAUAAUUAAAUAUUCAUUCUUCUGAAUGUGCAGACAUUUAUAUAAUCAAUCGUAUAAAAUAUAGUUCACAAUUAUACAAAUACACAUUACAAUAUAACAUUAACAAUAUAUAAAUAUACUGUUUCAUUGAUAUUAAAUAGAUGUAUACUUGUAAAAUAAUAAUAACCCCAUUGUGAAUUAAAUAUUGAUUUUUCUGAAUGUGCACAGACAUUUAUAAUCAUUCUUAUAAAAUAUACUUCUGAGUUAUACAAAUAUACAUUACAAUAUAAUAUUAGCAAUACAAAAAUAUACGUUGAUUAUUAAAUAGAUGUUUACUUGUACAAUAUACAUAUAUUUUUAAAUACAUGAUUACAUUAUAAUACAAUAAUUGCACAUUAUAAUAUACAAUUAGUAUAUUUAAAUAACUGAUACAAAUUAUUUAUAAUAAUAAACAUUUAUAUUAAUGUAUGUUUUUGUAAUUUUUGCAUUACAGCAAUGAGCUUUUUUGGGGGGGAAAUAAGCUUAAUUGUCAUGAACGCACUAAAAUAAAACAGGCUUCAAAUGCUUUCGAAUUUAUUAUGUAAUACAGAAAUUUAUUUGGACUUUUGUGUGAUAACCUGGGAUAAUUCUGAGCUGGACCUGAUCUGAAUUUCUGUUAAUUUAUUAUGUUUUUGUUUUUGACUGAGAAUUAACCAGAAAUUGGAUACAUACCAAUAUUUUCUCCUUUAUAAAAUAAUAAA